GGAAGAGGGCGGAAGUCCGAAGAAGGGGGACGCUCAAGGCUCAAGCAGCUGCAGGAAAGGAAGGGAGGAGGAAGGGAGAGCCUCUUCGGUUUGACUGGCCCCAACAGCUUUUGCAAGAUUGACAACUCCUCCCGGUCCCUAAUUUGAGGCUUCGAACUGCUUCACUGCUGGACGGUAUGACGUAUGAGAAGCGAUAAGGGGCCGAUAGCAGAUUAAUCAGCUUGUGAAAGUAGGUAGCAAGUACAGCUGCCAAGUUCUGCAAAGCCGUGCAAGCUAAAGCCGCCGUAUAGGUCCGCUGAACGGCCAGCAAAUUGGCAUCGAGGAGCUUGUGCAUCCGUUAAGCCAAACCAUCUUAGACCAUGGUAGAUAGUGCUGACCGUCCGCAGGAGGGGCAGGAGAGCUGGGAGGGGAAGUUUUAUGCAGCAAAGGAGCACUUUCACACUUAUCCAUACGUGUGGUAUUCAUACAUCACUGUUUUUGGCAGCCUAUCUGCGGCGCUCGCUUUCUCUUAUGGCCGGAUGCGGGGGUCAGAAAACCGGUUGCGUGAAGUUCAGGCCCGGAUGAAAUUGCUUAGAAUGCAGAGAGAGGGCGCCACAGCAUCGAGAGGUGCAAACCCUUCCGAGCAAAAGCCUCUAUGACAGCAACUGCCUACUGUUUACCGCUAAGGAGCUUCGAACAGUUGUACCUGUAGCGUAUGCAUGCCACUCUGAAACGGCGGCAUCAACCUCGCAUCUAGGUAGUUGCGGCGCUACUGCUGUUACGAGCAGAUAAGAUGCUGGACUUUGGGGUUUAAGAAUGCGUUUAAGCUGCCUGUCCUUUGUGGACCCGUCUUAGCAAGUCUCUGCGGAUGCGAUGACAAUGGAGCUUACCAGAAAUGCUAAGUGGCUGUUGAAUCUUCAACUCUGUAUCGUCAACCAGACUCCAUGCGUGCUUAAAUUUGUGGCAGAAAGCAUCGCAAGGAAGUUGAGAUGCUAAAGACAGCAACUAACUGCAUAUUUCAAUUCGAAAAGGAUUUCUGUGCAUGCCUUCUCCGAU